AAGCAUGCGCAAUUGAGGUGUUUGACGAUAAGUCGGAUAAGGCUUUUACAUUGACUAUUGCCGGGGAUCAAACAGGUAUUCUACGGCAAAUAGCAAGUGGAUAUCAUAUAUCGCCCACCCUCCCAUGGCCACAUCUACGAUCCGCUCCUCUCCAACUCCGGCGUCAUAGGCCUACUGCUGUCACUUACGCGCUCGGACCACCAACACCUACACCACACCGUACGCAACCCUCCCUCGAUCUCCCUCGAUCUCCCUCCCUACAAAGGCGAUCAGGAUGACAAUCCCCACCGAAUACGCCAACAUCCUCAACGAACUCAACCGCGAAGUCCUCCGCUCCCAACCCGCCGACGUCCUCCAGUUCUGCUCAGACUUUUUUCUGAGAAAGUUGGGGCAGCAGAGGAAGGAUAUGUUGAGUGCUAUGCAGCGCGAAGUCGGACACACCUCCACUGGGGCUCCCACUACUACUACUACUACUACUACUACCGCAACGUCGUCAACCGCGACGUUCCCCCCCAGCGCGACGAUGCAGCAAAGACCCCACGACGACCAAAGCGGCCACAGCACCUUCCCCGGUACCUCCUUCCCUGGCCAUGCCUCCUCCGGCCCCUCCGACCACCAAUCCUACCCCGCCGGCUACAACCUCAACCGCCGCACCUCCGUCUCCGCCGAAUCCAUGGUCCCCCAAGCCGACGACUCCCCCCUCCCCCACAUCCCCAAAUCUCAACAACAGUUGCAGCGUAUCGACGCGUCCAUCUCCCAAAACCUCCUCUUCAAGAACCUGGACGAGGAUCAACAUCGCGACGUGUUAAACGCCAUGAGUGAAGUCAGGGUCGAGAGGAGUGGGAGUGUUGUCAUCAAACAAGGCGAUAUCGGCGAUUUCUUCUACGUCGUCGAAAGAGGCGAAUUCGACGUCUUCAUCACCCAACCCAACACCCACCCCACAGACCCCCUCGGCAAAAAAGUCGCAACAAUCGGUGCCGGGGGCUCAUUCGGUGAACUAGCCCUCAUGUACAACGCCCCCCGCGCCGCAAGCGUCGUCUCCUCCUCCCCGGACUCAAUCCUCUGGGCCCUGGACCGCAUAACCUUUAGGCGGAUCUUGAUGGAAAACACCUACCGCAAACGUAUCAUGUACGAAUCCUUCCUCUCCACAAUCGCCAUCCUCCGCCCCCUCUCCUCCUACGACCGCCAACGAAUCGCAGACGCACUCGAUACCGUAACAUACGAACCCCGCUCCACCAUAAUCCGCCAAGGCGACGUCGGCGAGCACUUUUACCUCAUCGAGUCCGGAACGUGUGAUGUGGUUAUUGAUGGUGAGGGAACGGUAGCGCAGUUGGGCAAGGGCGACUUUUUUGGUGAGUUGGCGUUGUUGAAUGAUAAACCGAGAGCGGCGACGGUGGUUAGUACGAGUAGGGUCAAGGUUGCGACGUUGGGGAAGAGGGCGUUUGUAAGGUUGCUUGGGCCGCUAGCAGACAAGCUCUCAGACCGUUGUAACGACAGGCCCAUUUUGCGGAACUUGAACGUUGCACCAACCAACCCUUCAACAGGCGUAGGAAAAGUGCAGGGCAUCGAUGAGCCCGCAAACAUACCUUUCUAA